AGUCAGCGCCGUCUGCUUAUGUCAACAUCGUUCUCUCGCACAGUGAAAUAACACAUUAAACUUUAAGAUUAUCCUUAGUUUUUUCCCUCCUCUGUGCUUGACAGCAGCGAUGGCCGAGGAGGUCUGCUCCUUGAAGGCACAGCUGGAGCAGAAAGAAAAUGAGAUUGCUGCUUUGAAGAGUAGAUUGGCACAGCUAGAAAAGAGCCAUGGCUCUGUGCUGGAGCUGCAUGACAAAGUGACACCUCUAACCCCCCUGACCCCCAAACCAGCACUGAGCAAUGAGGACAUCAUGCGCUACAGUAGACAGCUCCUUAUGCCGGAGUUGGGCGUACAAGGUCAGCUAAAACUGUCCAAGACAUCCGUGCUGAUUGUGGGCUGUGGUGGACUUGGCUGCCCCCUGGCACAGUAUCUUGCAGCAGCUGGCAUUGGACGCCUUGGUCUGCUAGACUACGAUGAAGUGGAGCUCAGUAACCUGCACAGACAGGUGCUUCAUGGGGAGGAGAACCAGGGCCAAGCCAAGGCUCUGUCUGCUGCCAGCUCUGUUAGAAGGCUAAAUUCCACAGUGGAGUGUGUUCCCUACCACCUGCAGCUCUCCCCGGAGAACGCCUUGCAACUCAUUCAACAGUACGACAUUGUAGCUGAUUGCUCCGACAACGUCCCCACUCGUUAUCUGGUGAACGACGCCUGUGUGCUCAGCGGCAAGCCUCUUGUGUCAGCGAGUGCUUUGCGGAUGGAGGGUCAGUUGACUGUGUAUAACUACCGCGGAGGCCCCUGCUACAGAUGUUUAUACCCUAUGCCCCCACCCCCGGAGACAGUGACCAACUGUUCUGAUGGAGGGGUGUUAGGAGUGGUUCCAGGGAUAAUGGGCUGCUUGCAAGCUUUGGAAGUCCUCAAGAUUGCUUCUGGACAAGGCUCUUCCUGCGGCCAGCAGCUCUUGCUGUUCGACGCUCAAGAUGCCAGAUUCAGGCCCAUCAAGCUUCGGCCCAAGCAGGCCGGCUGUGCAGUGUGCGGGGAGAACCCAAGUGUGACCGAGCUGGUGGACUACGAGGCUUUCUGUGGGUCUGCUGCCACAGAUAAGUGCCGCAGACUCAACCUACUGUCCACGGAUCAGCGGAUCACUGUACAGGAUUAUAAAACGAUAUUGGACAACGCAGGACCCCAUCUCUUGUUGGAUGUGCGCCCUCUUGUGGAGGUGGAUAUCUGCCACCUCCCUUUCUCUCUCAAUAUUCCACUCUCAAGUUUAGAGGCGAGGAAGAGCGAACAUCUCCAGUUACUCCAGGAGAGAAUCAGCGGAUUGAAACAGCAGAUGGCAGGUGACUCCCGGCCAACAGUGUAUGUGAUUUGCAAACAGGGCAACGACUCUCAGAAGGCGGUGCAGCUUCUUGAGAAGAUGAGUGGGUCAGAGGUGGAGGGUAUCGUGGUGAAAGACAUCUGCGGAGGCCUCAUGGCUUGGGCGAAGAGAAUAGACACUGCAUUCCCGCAGUAUUAGUGCAUUUAAUGUGACUUUUUAAAAAAAUAAAAAAAAUAAAUAAAAAC